AUGUUGACCUCACUUCUUUCAGGCCUUGCAAUGGCCGCGAGCAUUGCCUCUGCGCUUCCGCAAUCAUCGCCUCCUACUGAAAUGUCAUGUCAGCAACUUGGCAGUGGAACUCAGAUUGGUGGCUACACGACGGAAUGCAACACGGAUCGCAGGGGAGGGGACUUGAGCAAUGAGCCAGCGUCUUCAUUUUCUGCAUGUUUCCCACUAUGCGAUGCUAUUGCCGAGUGUGUCGGAUUUUCCUACAUCGGCGGCAGCGGGUCAGGUGUAUGCUUUUUCAAGAGCAGCAUCGAGAUGGCUUCGGAAAGCGACAGCGUUGACACAGCUUUCAAACGCGAUACUCUGCCUCCGAGUGGCUCUGUUACAAUUCCAAUCGUCACAUCGACGACCACGACCCGGACUGCGGCAUCAACUACAACGACUACCAGCCAACCUAUUUUCUCUAUUCUACCAAUGACUACGACCACGACGGCGGCGGCGAACACUGAGCGACCACAAGCUUUCGGCGAAGAGCGUACUACGAAUACCGAGCGCCCACAAGCAUUUGGCGAAGAGCCUGCGGCAAACACCGAACGACCACAAGCAUUUGGCGAAGAACGAACGACACUGAUCACGACGACCCGAGCUGCCCCCACGGGAAUGGCUGCUGCAACGGAUAUGCCUACUCUGGGCCUCCCUCCGUCAGGUGGGAUUGGACCAUUUUUCUGCACACAAAAUGUGGGAGGCGUUGCAGUAAGGGUUUUGUGCAGGCACUAG